GUGCGUCACAGAAUGGCCUCGGACACCCAGGCACCCUCUGACGUGUCGGGGAGGAGCCGGGCGCGGAGGUGCGCGGAGUGGAGCUCAAGGCUGCGGAGGGGAGAGGAGCUGAGUGGCUGGGCGGGCCUGGCCAGGCCAGCGGAGAGGAGACUGCGGUGGAGCGGAGGCGAAUAUGCGCUUUUGACACAUUGGAGUCUUUCUUGAUCAUGGAUGGUGAAGAUAUACCAGAUUUUUCAAGUUUAAAGGAGGAAACUGCUUAUUGGAAGGAACUUUCCUUGAAGUAUAAACAAAGCUUCCAGGAAGCUCGGGAUGAGCUAGUUGAAUUCCAGGAAGGAAGCAGAGAAUUAGAAGCAGAGUUGGAGGCACAGUUAGUACAGGCUGAACAAAGAAAUAGAGACUUGCAAGCUGAUAACCAAAGACUGAAGUAUGAAGUGGAAGCAUUAAAGGAGAAACUGGAGCAUCAGUAUGCACAGAGCUACAAGCAGGUCUCAGUAUUAGAAGAUGAUCUAAGUCAGACCCGGGCCAUUAAGGAGCAGCUACAUAAGUACGUGAGGGAGCUGGAGCAGGCCAACGACGACCUGGAGCGGGCGAAGCGGGCAACAAUAGUUUCAUUGGAAGACUUUGAACAAAGGCUAAAUCAAGCCAUUGAACGAAAUGCAUUUUUAGAAAGUGAACUUGAUGAAAAGGAAUCUUUGUUGGUCUCUGUACAGAGGUUAAAGGAUGAAGCAAGAGAUUUAAGACAAGAACUAGCUGUUCGGGAGAGACAGCAGGAAGUAACUAGAAAGUCGGCUCCCAGUUCUCCAACUCUAGACUGUGAAAAGAUGGAUUCUGCUGUCCAGGCAUCACUUUCUUUGCCAGCUACUCCUGUUGGCAAAGGAACAGAGAACAGUUUUCCUUCACCAAAAGCUAUACCAAACGGCUUUGGUACCAGUCCACUGACUCCUUCAGCUAGGAUAUCAGCACUAAACAUCGUGGGGGACCUCUUACGGAAAGUAGGGGCUUUAGAAUCCAAAUUAGCAGCUUGCAGGAAUUUUGCAAAGGACCAAGCAUCACGAAAAUCCUAUAUUUCAGGGAAUGUUAACUGUGGGGUGAUGAAUAGCAACGGCACGAAGUUCUCUCGAUCAGGGCACACGUCUUUCUUCGACAAAGGGCAAGAAAAAGUCAUAUUUCCCACGUUGUUCAUGGGGCAGUAAACGGCUUUGACCCGGCUUCUCCUCCUCCCGCUCUGGGCUCCUCGCGCCCGUCGUCAGCACCGGGUAUGCUGCCUCUCAGCGUGUGAGUGCCUGGCCUCCAGGUCGGGGCUCCCGCCCUCCUGCAACAACCCAGGACACCCACGCCUCACCCCUCGGUGCCCGGGCCCAGCUCGUGCCCCUCCGUCCGCCUCCCCACGGCUGGCAGAGGGCAGGCUGCAUGCAGUGGCGGCUGCUGGGCCCUGCCCAGCCCCAGGACUCUGCGCGACAUCAAUACUGGCUAUUUUCUCUUCUCGCCGUAGUGCCGUUGGUUUCACAUGAUUGCACUUUUGUGGGUCACAAGGUGAUACAUACACGUAUUACUUGGUCACUGGAUGCAGAAGUACCCAUUCAUCACACCUGCCUCAUAGCCCCCUCCCUGCUGUACUGAUAGGAUUUAGUUACGUUUAGGACACUGCAGAUCUUCCAGAGGUUCUCGCCCAAAUCAGGUCGACAUGUGCUCUCCUCCUGAGCUCCCACCCAAGCAUCUCCAGUGCUCAUGGAUCAUGUGUCCCCCACCUCCACCCCCACGGUUUGGGCCUGUUGCUGGCGAAGAGUCAGGAAGGUCACUGAAUUAGGGAACAUUUUCUGCACCUUCUGGCUUUACUUUAGCAGUUACCAUUCCAUAGACUAGCCUCCCAGAGCAGCAGAAUGCCUGGCUGAGCCCAGGUGGCAGGAGCUUCUGGGACCUGGGCACGUGCAGGUCCUCCUCCAUGUGCCUGAGACUCGGGGCAGAGGGUGGUGGCAGCAGCCUCCUCGCCAGCUCUCUGGUCCUUUAGUUAAAUGACACCUUCAGAGUGUUUUUGUUUUGUUUUCAGAGGGCCUGUCCAGUUGUGUUAGGAAGGGUUGAGCGGCCUGAUUCCAGGGGCCGGCUGGUGCCAGCUCCUGGGGGCAGACCGACCAUAAGUGGUUGUCCCUGUGCAUCCUUUGAUUACUCUCAUGCUGCAUUUACUGUUUACAUUUGUUUUAUUGUACAUAGGUUUGUAAACAUUAUUGCCUAAGAUAUUUGUAUAUAACUUGGGCUUUGUAGCUUUUAUUUAUUCAGAACUCAUAUGGCAUGUUAAAGACUUAUGAUGGUGUCCUACUCUGGGCAGCUGUGUAGGAUCAUCACGUGGUUAAAAAAAAAAUACUCCCCCUCAAAAAAAUCUUUUAAUGUGGAAACAAUAAAUUUCACAGAAAAAAAAGAAAAAGGAUUGAGGUUGCUUUA